AAUUAUUAAUCUUUAAUCUUAAUUUCACCAGAGAAUUCUCUCUUGGACGACAAAACAAAAAUUAUAACUAAUAGAAUUGUGUUAAAUUCCUUCGAUAGUGCAACAUGUUGCGAGACCGCUCAAUGUAAUUUUUUAUGUUAAAAAAAUAAACUUUACACUCAACAGAUGAAUAAAAGAAAAAGUGUUGAUUCAAUAACGUUUGGGAAAAUUGCACAAAAGGAAAAAUCGAUAACAGAUGAAAUAAUUGAAUUGUUUCGCUUAUUUCUCGCUUCUCGCGUCAAAAAAUUAUUUUUUCACUCUUUUUUUAAAUCUCUGCCAGCUUUGAACACACACGCUGCCAAUGUCUGGUGAAGUGUGUUGUUUUAUGAGUAGGUGAACUUGUUCAUUCCAUUGGCGUUUCUUUACGAUAGUUUCGUGCUAUUUUUUGAGAAAAUUAAUAAUAAACUCAGCAAAGUUGAAACUUCCAAAAAAGUGCUAUGUGAAUACGCAAUUGAAUGUUUGUUUCGUUUGUUGAUCUCGUCUUUCCGUGGGACGACAUUUAUUGGAAUUUAACAACUUUUAAGAUUGAACGAUUGUUGGCUCGUGAAAUUGAAAUAAACUUUUUUUUUAUCUUCCCAAAUGUAAAUUAAAUGUAAUUAUUAAAAUAAAUUAAAGUUGAUGUCAUUCGAGUAUAAGUUAACCAACUAAAGUGUUUUUUAAUAAAAUAUAAAAAAGCGUGUAUGUAGAUGAUAUAAAGUGCACACAACGAUCACAACUCAGCAUGAAAUCAAACAAUGAGAAGUUAAACAUGCAAAUCAGUGAUAAAGUAGAGGAAAAAAGUUGUACUUCAGCCGUUUACAUAUCUGUUGAUACGAUGCUGUUGAAGAAUUAACAUAAAAAUCUUGAGAUCUCGUUCAAGUGCAAGUUAUUCACAUACACAUACAUAUAAACUCAACAUUUUUUGGGGGCGAUUGUGCUGCAAAGAAUUCAUUUUUACCUCGUAAAUCUUGCAAGAAAAGGCGCCCACAUAACACGCGCGAAACAAUCGUCGUCAAGCGACGAACAUUAAAUUAUUUCCGUUCGAAUGCAGAAACUCAAAAUCAAUAAGUGUUUAGAGGAUUAAAUAGGAGAAUAUAUCAAUUUUACACAUCAUCAUGGCGAUGGAAUGGAUAACAGCGAUUGACAAGCGACCGUGCGAUCGCAACAUGAGGGAUGUGGAGUUGAUAGCGUGUCGACUUCGUCGAGUGGAGCCUUUAUGUAGAUUAACAAAUUCAGCACUGCAACAACUUGCCAUGUGUGGCUUCUACGAGGAUUUAGAGAAAGGAGUGACUUGUAGGUUUUAUCUGCACAAACAUUCAUCAACCAUAAUUACAAUUGAUGUAAUGGAACUUUUCCUUUUUUUCCUUCUUGCUACAGUGUUUCGUGCAGGCGAACAAGGAAGAUUUUGGUAUGCGGUUCUGGGUGGACAACUUGAGGUUCGUUAUCAUGCAACGGCAGAUGGAGAUACAAAAAGCAUUUGUAAUCUUGGUGUAGGCGCAACAUUCGGUGAAUCGGUUCUACAUGAUUUACCUCGUGAUAGUACAGUCGUUACGAAGACAACUUGUGAGUUAUUGCGGGUGGAGCAACAGGAUUUUCGUCUGAUAUGGGAGAAAAAUAAAGAAUUAAUGACGGACAUAAUUACGAAUUGUAAAUUCAAAAAUGGUUUCGCUACACCGGUUCAAGCUGUCGCUCUUGUGUCACCUUCAAAGAAACAACUGUCACCGGAUCAUCCAAAUCCAGCACUUCCAAUCACCGAGUCACCAAGUCCAGCAAUGGCUAAGAUGGGAUGGGCACUUCGAUCUUUGCUUCUCUCUGACACCAACGGAUGCUUGAAAGACAGAAAAGUGUCGGGAAAGCUGAUAAAGAAAUGUGCACCCGGCAUUGAAUUAGUCGAUUGGCUCGUGAAUUUAUCACCUGUCGUACAUACACGAAUUCAAGCGACAGGCAUGUGGCAAGCACUACUCGAAGAAGGUGUUAUUUCACAUGUUGCCCGUGAACAACCUUUCAAAGACAAAGUUUUCCUGUAUCGAUUUCGUGUGGAUGAAGAGGGAAACGCAUCUAUGCCAUCAUCAGAUGAAGUGAAUAAUGCUAACGAACACAUCAAAGAAGGUUUAACAUCGCUUUUACAUCGUGGUCCUGACGCAACACUCAGAUUAAUUCUGAGAAAACCAUCACACGAAAGGACGCAGGAAGAGUUGGAAUUAGUUUUUGAAGAACUUCUUCACAUCCCCGCACUCUCUCACCUGUCGACAUCAAUUAAGCGCGAAUUGGCAUCCAUCAUCGUCUUCGAAUCUCAUGCACAGGCUGGAACUGUUUUAUUUAAUCAAGGUGAUGAGGGUCGCUCGUGGUACAUUCUGCAAAAGGGUUCCGUUGAUGUCGUUAUCCAUGGCAAGGGCACAGUAGCAACACUUAAAGAGGGCGAUGACUUUGGAAAACUCGCUUUGAUAAACGAUGCCCCGAGAGCUGCAACAAUUGUGCUAAAAGAGAAUAACUGCCAUCUUCUGCGGGUAGACAAAGAGCAUUUUAAUCGAAUACUAAGGGAUGUGGAGGCAAAUACGCUCCGGUUGCAAGAGCAUGGAAAAGAUGUGCUUAUCCUGGAAAGGGUUGUAAAGCAGCGUGGAUUAACCGCAUUUAAGUAUACUGUGAUGUCAGGAACACCCUCGAAGAUGUUGGAACACUUACUCGACACUAGGUUAAAUGUUUUACAAGUGGGACCAAACGAUGAUCCAUUUUUAGAUGAUUUUUUACUCACGCACAUCGUUUUUAUGCCGAUCGCACAGUUAGUUGAUGAAUUAGCUAGCCACUAUCACAAUGAUUCCGAAAUUCGUAAUGGUGCUGAAAGUCCAGAGGAUUAUGAGUAUUUGUUAACAUGUAAGAAGCGUGUCGUGCUUUUCAUACAACGAUGGGUGAUGGCAGUAAGACACGCAGUCUUUGAAGAUCCUGCUGCCGCACAUUUUAUUGAGGAGAUUGCGACAGAUGUUGAAUCCGACCAUGGAUUGCAAGAGGAAGCGGGAAUCAUUCAUCAGGUGCUGACACAAAUGUCGCGAUAUCUUGAAGAUCGUCAACAAAACAUGGGACAGAAAUGGAAACUUCCACCAAAUGGACAACCAAUUGGAUUAUUCAGUGGAAAUGUCACAGCAACUCGAACUGUUAUUAGACCAGAUGAUGACAUAAUUUUUCGCGUUCAUUGUGCUGAUCAUACCUUUUGUACACUCCGUUUUCCCAUCUACACAACGGCUGAAGUGAUAAAAAUUUGUGCAGCUGACAAAUUACAGCUGAAUCGUGGACCAGAAGACUUAGCAUUAGUUGAAGUUAAAUCGAAUGGUGAAAGAACCAUUUUUAAGGACAAUGACUUGAGCAUUCCGACAGCUCUUACACUCAAUGGGAGGAUGUUUGUUUCGCCACGCGACCAUUUAGAUGCCCUUACACCAUUACCAGAACAAGAAGGCGCCACUGAAGGCUUAGAAAUGGACAUUGAGACACUCGCAACAAAAGAUUUAGCUUAUCAUAUGACGUUGUUUGACUGGGAUCUUUUUUGGGCAGUUCACGAGUACGAACUUUUAUAUCACACUUUCGGUCGACAUCACUUCAAUAAGAUCACAUCAAACCUUGAUGUUUUUAUAAGACGUUUUAACGAGAUUCAAUAUUGGGUCGUAACCGAAAUCAUAUCAACGUCAAAUCUCAACAAACGAGUGUCACUACUGAAGAACUGUAAGGAAUAUCAAAAUUUAAAUGCAUUCUUCGCUAUUGUGAUGGGAAUGUCGAAUUCGGCUGUGUCGAGAUUAACUCAAACUUGGGAUAAACUUCCAUCAAAAUUUCGAAAGCUUUUUACUGAGUUUGAAGCCCUGAUAGAUCCAAGUCGCAAUCAUCGUGCCUACAGGAUGUCUGUGGGAAAAUUACAGCCACCGGUUAUUCCAUUCAUGCCAUUACUGUUAAAAGAUAUGACAUUCGCACAUGAAGGAAAUAAAACCAGCAUAGAUGGUCUCGUGAAUUUUGAGAAGAUGCAUAUGAUGGCGUCGACAAUGAGAGCUGUGAGGUUUUGUCGUUCACGGCACUUGGUUUUGGAUCCACCAUCGCCGAAGAAUAAUGAAUCACAGAUUCGUUCGUACAUUAGCUGCUUUCGUGCGAUUGACUGUCAAAGAACACUCAACACAAUGUCCAAAAAAAUUGAACCACGAUAGAUGAAUUGUGGCGCUUCUCAAAGUCUUCGAAUUCAAAUUUGAGUUCGAUGGUGAUUAACUUAGUAUUGAACGUUUGUAGCUUGAAAUGCAUGUUGACCUUUCAAAAACAUUCUUAUGAUGUAAAUAAUAUCAUGUGUGUUAACUCUUCGUUGUUGUUUUAGGAUGUUUUUCUUUGAAGGAAAAUAAUAAUAAUAAACUUUUAGAGAAAUGAAAUGUUCAAGUAUAUUUUUAUGAAAUUGAAAGAGAAAUUUUUAUGCUUGAGAUUCCUAUCUACCUGCCAUGACGAAUAAGUGAAGACGCAAAAGAAAACCCCAUAGAACUGAUUCCAUUUUCUACUUAAAUAUCUUCGUAUAAAAAAUCAAUUUUCUAUAUUUUUUUAUAUCAACAUUCAGAGAUAAAGUUGAAGUUUUACAUUAAGUCUAAUGAAGGAAAACUUUUAUCAUGCUUAUCAGACGAAUGAAAUUUUCUCUUGAACUUUUAAUGCAACUGAGAUAUUUAUUUAUAUGCAAAAAGAAAGGAAAACUUUGACAUAUUAAAUGAAUGUUAUUCGCAAGGGAUUGUCUAGAAGUUCUGUUAAGUUUUCUUCCAUAAGCUUUCAAUUUGUUAUUGCAAACUUGGGAUUGCAAAAUUCUAAACUAAGAAAAAGGUGGAAAGUUUUCUCGCUACUUAAGAAUGAAGCCUUAACAAGGGAAAAAUGAAAGAAAAUUUCUCAAUUUAACUAAGCUUAAUACUAGAAGCAAACUCUUUAUAACUGCGAUGAAAAGAUUUUAUGUUGUUUUUAUAUAAAUCAGCAAGACAUGAAAUUGCACUCGCUAAAGCAUCAAAUUCCAGUAUCUAAGACAACUUUUUCUAUUUUCAAUUUUCCAUCGCAACUAAUCAUGAGGAAAAGUGGAAUCACGAAGCGGAGCAAUAAAAAUAUUAAAAUCAUUGUUGAAGAAAGAAAAAUAAAUGUUUAUUAUUGUUGACAAGUUGAUGUUUUCAUUUUUGAAAAAGUAAAAGAAAAAAGUCAACUUUUAAAGUUGAUACUUUGAAGAAAUGCUUUCGUUUCAAUUAUCAAAUGUUGACAGAAGCUUUUUGUAUCAGUCGAAGAGAGAAACAUAAUCAGCGAAGACGAUUUAAUCGUUUGCGAGAAUGAUCAUUGUCAUAAUCAAUCACUGAAGAAAAAGUGUAAUCAAACUUAUGCGUGUAUUAACAAUCAAUAAACUACAAAGAUAGACAUUUCACCGAUUAAAUCAAACUAUGUGUAAUAAACUUUUCUGAAAUCGGGAGAAAUAAGAUUUGUAAUGUGUAAAUAUUAAUUUACUUUUAAGCUAUCAUUUAUUUUUGAUAGAGUUAAAUCUUUACUUCCUUCCUUCCUUCACUGAUGAACACGUUUAAGUGAAUCUCAAAGUUUCUGAGAAUAAAAUUUAAUAAAAUGGUAAAAAUAUUUGAAAAGUGGAGUUAGGGAAACAAUUGCUUAGUUUCAUAGAAUUAAGAUCGAACAACUUGUAAAUGUAAAAUGUUGUCAGUAGAAACAUCACAAAUAUUAAUUUUCUUACUCGUUACCUGGAUUGAUAAUUCAUGAGAAUAGUUUUUUGUAAUUAUAAGAAGACAUGACAAUCCUUAUGUGAGAGACGUGAAAAGAACUUUGAAGCGUAACUUUUAAUCUAAUGAAGAUAACAUCAUUACAUUAAAUAAAUAAAUUAAGUGAAUAGAUAUUUCGAGGUAGAGAGAAAAUUGUAUAAAUUUUCCAUUAAGUACUUACUUAGAGUGUUGUUAUCAACCAAAAUCAAAUUUGAUCUUCUUAUAAAUUUUCAAAAAUUUCCUCUAAUUUUAAACGAAUUGAUAAGAUUAAAUAUUUAUGAAAUUGAAUUUUCAGUUGUUUAGUAGAAUACCAAGUAAGUAGAUGAUUGGAUUAUUAUUAUGAUUAUUAUUUAAUUUUCAAUCCAUGUGUACAAAUUUUCUACAUAAAUUUUAUAGUUUCAUCUUAUGCCUUGAGAAAACUUUCAAAUUCGUUAAAAUUAAAAUCUCUUUCAAAACGAAAUUAAUUAAAGUUGUGUGAUGUUUGUAUCAUACAUCAAUGAAAAAAGGAAAUCACUGUAAGAAAUAAACUCCAACUAAAUAUGAUUUUUCCAUGUGCAUUAACAUUAUUUAGAGAGUGAAUAGUUUUCCCAAUAAUAAAUAAUAAAUUAUCUGAAAUGAAAAAAUAUUAAAAUUAAAUUUCAACAAUUGUGUACAAGCUGAGAUUUCUGUUUUAAAAAUAUUUUCUGCAGUUGCUAUAAUUAAAGAUAUGAAAGGAAAUAUCAAGGGAAAUUCUUUAAAACUCUCUCAAGAUUGCAUAAUCUAUGUCUACUCAAUCUUGCAAUAUCAAAUAACAAUGAACACUGAAUUUCCUCACAGAAUUCUGGAAAUGUUUAAUCUCAAUAAAUUAUUUUGCUGUCUUAAAAUUUGUUUAUCUAAGAAACAUAACUCAGCGAGGAAAUUUAUAAUUCCCAACAUCCUUGUAUUUAUCUUCUAUUGUUGCUUCUAUAAAUCUCAUUUAAAUUAUCUUUCUCCUUUCAUUUUAUUCUUCUUAGUGUUGUAAUUAACGAAAUUUAUAUUUCAUGAAUGUAGAAAUUAUUUGAUAAAAUGAUUAAUAAAAGUAAAAAAAA